GAUUUACCGUUUUUGAGCUUGGAACUCGGUCGUUUGGUAGCCCACAACUCUACUGAACUUUUUGAAUUUUUUCAAACAUGAAAUUAUCAUUUUUGACUAUUCUCUUAUUGCUUAUCGUUAGUUGUUUUGCAAGUGAAAACAACGUUUUAGACUUAACGCCGACUAAUUUCGAUCAACUAGUUGGUAAAGAUAAAUUUGCACUAGUGGAAUUUUUUGCUCCAUGGUGUGGUCACUGUAAGAAGUUGGCACCCGUUUAUGAACAACUUGCCGAUUCAUUUUCACAUGCCAAAGAUCAAGUAAUCAUCGCAAAGGUUGACGCAGAUAAUCACAAGGAUUUAGGAAAUCGUUUUGGAGUUGGUGGAUACCCUACUUUGAAAUGGUUCAAUAAAGGUGUAAUAGAUAAUCCUGAUGAAUAUGAUAAAGGACGCGAUUUAGAAAGUUUAAUUUCUUUUGUUGAAGAAAAAACCGGCGUGAGAUCUAGAGUUAAGAAACCCACUUCUUCGGUCACGGAACUUACUUCCAGGAAUUUUGAUGAAAUUGCCUUGGAUCCUAAGAAGAAUGCAUUGGUCGAAUUUUAUGCUCCUUGGUGUGGGCAUUGUAAAAAUCUUGCUCCAACUUACGAGAAGGUCGCUCAAGAUUAUGCUCAAGAAUCUGAUUGUAUCGUUGCCAAUAUGGAUGCUACAAAAAAUGAACCUGUCGCUAAAAGGUAUGAUGUUCGUGGAUUUCCGACGAUUAAAUUUUUCCCAAAAGGAGAAAAUAAAACAACGAUUGAUUAUCAAGGUGGAAGAACAGAACAAGAUUUUAUUGAUUUCUUGAACAAAAAUUGUGGAACGCAUCGUCUUGUUGGUGGAGGAUUAUCUGAAGAGGCUGGUAGAGUACCUGAAUUAGAUGCCUUGGCAGUCAAAUUUACGAAUGCAAUCACUCAGAAAGAGAUUGAUCUAGUUAUCACAGAAACAAAAGACGCUGCGGAAAAAUCGGAUUCAAAGUUUGCUUUAUAUUAUGUUAAAGUUAUGGAAAAAAUUAAAGAUAAGAAUAAUUAUGUUGAUAAUGAAAUUGCUAGGUUAGAUAAAAUCAUUAAAUCUGGUACAAUUUCAGCCAGUAAAAUCGAUGAUUUCACAAUCAGAAAAAAUAUAUUGACAAAUUUCCAUAAAAAUAAAGUAAUAACCCAUCAGGAUUUGUAAUGUAUAUUAUAGAAUUUAUUUAAUCUAAUUAUUUAUUUUAGAUCUUUAUUUAUUUGGUAUUAUAAAAUCUAUGAUAGUAAUGUAACAAAACAGAU